GUCAUUGACCAGGUCUGCAGGUCACUCAUGACUUGACCGAUCUUUACUAAUCGUAAAAAUAAACUACAGUAGUCUUUUGAAAUCGGGUAUUGAAUGUUAUGUCACAGGGUUUGGGUUCACGUUGAAAUGUUUUAUCGGAACAGCAUAAUCACACUAGUUUCAAUUGAUUUUCAAAGGAAAGUGCAUUGACAGAGUUGGGUGACCAUAGUGUUUAUUACUCGAUUACAAAAUAGAUCUACUGUGAACGACAUGUUUUCGAAUUCGACGAACGCUAAAAAAAGACAGAUGGAGAAACUAUCCAUUUGUCCAACCGAUUUUUUAACGAAUACCAGUGGCGAUCUGCAAAUUUCGACUCCAAACAGCCUGUGUUUGGACGGCCUAAACUGCGGCAUCCCCACCCGAACCACCCCCACGAUAACACCGACGACGCUGCGCAACAUUGAGCAGACCUUCCUGGAGCUGCAAGGGGGGGCACUGCUGCAGGGGGUUGGUGAGGGCGACCCCCAUCAGGCCGGGUUCAUGCCACCCGUCAUACAGCCGCCGCUCAGCACACAAGGUAGCAGCGUUUUCAUGAACCUGGUCGAUACGAAGAGCUGGCAAGGAGGCACCACUACACUAGUGACCGACGCACCCGCACCCGCAAACACGCAAAUGUUGCGCAACAUCACGUCAUCGUCGGUCAACACCCCCACCACCACCCCUCCACCCUCCACCCGCAAGAAUGUCGGGGGUCGCCGGCCCAACAGGGAUAAUUCGGAAACCGAAGACCUCGAAUCGAAGAAAAUGAAUUUGCAGAGCGAAAUCCAUCAGCUGCAACAGGAGAAGGAGGAGCUGGAGCUUCUGCUGAAGACACACGAGCCGGUGUGCCGACUGCUGAACGCCGGGUCGCCCGUCGAUGUCAAGCCCAAACUGGACAUGGUCGCUGCUACUGCUGUCAGGCACGAGAUGUCAGCUGCUGCUGCUAUCAGGCACGAGAUGUCAGCUGCUGUUACUGCUGCCAGACAGAGUAUGCCGGCUGGCAGACACGAGUUGCCUGCUGUUCUUAGACAGCAGGAAAUGCCAGCAGGCCGCCACCAAAUGCCGGCACCCCAGCAGCCGGGCCCCCCCAGACCGCGACCUACCAGCCUGCCAGUUGUGCCCAACUUCGGCCGCCCCAAGGAGGCUGUGCCCAUUUCGACGCCCACGUCGGGGGUCAACUUCAACUUCGACUCGCUGAUGGAGGGGGGCACCGGCCUCACCCCCGUUUCGGCCCCCCUCGCCCCCUCCUGCUCCUCCCAGCAGCGCAGUCAGGCGGCUGAUCUGCAGAGUCCUGUUUCGGUCAGCGCCGAACUUGUGUCGCUGUGAAUCGGGCUCAGGGGAAGAGCGCUAGCUGUGAAUUGAGCUGCCAUCGGCCACAGAGAAAGAGGGUUAGUUGUGAAUGGGCCUUGGAGACUGGCCUCCGAGUCGGCAAAAAUAGAAAUGAGCUUGCUGUGGACAGGGCUGAAGAUCACUUUGUGCCAUCACAGUAACUGUUGUACUGUUGAACAGUAAUAAAACUGUUGUUAUCAUGUAAGGUGCAUUUCAAAACUAAAACGCUCUGGUUAGCUUGGUAUAUAAAGUAAUAUUUAUAAAUUUAAAUAUGCCUACAACCAUCCUCGAUGUAUUCAAAAUCGUUGAAUACUUUUUACUUUCAUUUAUUUUGUAGCUACUUCUUGGUUAUAGGAUUCAUCAGCAAUACUUUCAUACAGAGCAGUUUAAUUAUCUUGAUAUACAUGCGUGAUAGACCAAAAUAGCUCAAUCAUCUGCAUAGUAAAAGGUUGUAGAAGAAACAGAGGAAUAUUUUAGUACCGUUCCAAUUGAAAAUAUUUAGAUAGAAUACUGCCGAAGAUCGCAGUUGCUAUGGCUACUAUGCCAAACCAGAGCUCUUUUGCAGUGAAAUGCUCCAAAGUAGGCUGGAUCAAUUGUGCAGGAUCAACGAUGUUUUUUGUUUGGAUAAUAGCAUCGAGUAUCAACAACAAAAAAAAUGUAUUUGUGUUUGCGUAUCCUAUAGUUCCACUUGAUAUUAGACUAAUAAAGUUCAUUUGAGUUCAGUCGUACUCGAAAGUGGAUUAAUAGGCCAAUAUUAUUUCUAUAUAAAAGCGGAAUAUAUUGUUUUAAAGCGCAUUUUGAAAGUAUAAUUUUAUAUUCGUAAAAAUUAAAACUGUAUUUAGAAACCUUGAGUAUUAGUAUGCAUUAUUAAAUCACAUAAUCAAACAAUGAUCAGAUGUCAAUUGCUCAGAUAACUUUCAUUUAGAAUAAUAACUAUGAAUGAGCAAUAUUGAAAUAUUAGCAAUACUAAUUGUAAUUUUUAGUAAUGUAUUUAAUUUUCUGUUGAAACUAGUAGAUUGCUGCUCAGAAAACUAGAAAUACCAUUAACAUCACUUGACUAGUCCUGAAGCAAUAAAAUUACAAGCAAUACAUCGGGUUUUUGUGAAAAAAACCGACUUAUAAGUUUUUAAUUCAACUUGACUUUAAAUUUUAUUCAUCGUUGAUAGCUGUCCAAUUGAUCAUUUAUUGAUAAAUGGAUUAUUGAAAUUUCAAUCAGCAAUAAUUUGGCAUAUUAUUUCAAAUCCAAAUAGAUUUUAUAUACGUAUUUUAGUAUUUCGUAGUUUUAUUUUUUGUAGUGUUGAAAAUGUAUAUGUAUAACUAAUUCUAUUUAUUGUAAAUUGUAUUUAUAAUAAUCUUAUAUUGAAGAGUUGAAAAUUUCUCAAUUUAUCUGUGAUCAUAAUUAAUAGCUAAACGUAAGAAUAUAUAAGAAAAUUAAUAUAUGGUGAAAUAUUUUAUAUAUUAUGUAUUUCUGUGAAUGCAACAAAGUGUAUAAUAGUAUAGAAGACGUACAUUUGCCCGUUCAUAUAUUUAGGUUGCUUCCGAACCUAAAGAUUCUUUUUUAUGAGAAAUUUUUGAACAUCAUUUAUUUGUAAUCAAUAAUUUAUAGUAUUCAACCAAAGUGCACUUGGAAGAUUUCUCUGUAUAAUAAAUUGAUUUCAAAAACAUUAUUAAAUCAAUCUAAAUAAAUUUCAAGUGUUUGAAUCCAUUAAAAUAAAUUUAAAUUACAACGUUUGUAAUAAUUGUUCCAUACAUGUCUAUCCGUACUCAACUUAUGGAUGUAAUUUUGUAAUGCAUGAAUCGAAUACUUAUUAUUUUCAUUGUUACUAUGAACUAAUAUUAUUAUUUCAUUGAUGUUUCGAUAGUUAUCUUAUUUUUUACUUUCGUAUGAUAUUAGGCAAUACUUGAAUAGCAGCAGCACACCAAUAUUGGCCUAUUCUAAGCGUAUGUACUGCUCAAUAGCCUAUAAUUUGUACCACACACCAAUUAAUAAUUCAACUUUUAUAUUAAAUUAUGAGAUUUUUAUAAAAAUAAUGUGUCAAAUUAAUCUAUUUGGAAGGAAUUGAUUGAUAUGUGACUCAUUCAAGUGUAUUUUUGAAAGAAAAUUAAAUCGUUCAGUAUUUUGUAACUACUUUUAAA